UUUUAAAAUUUUCUAUUCAUGAUUUUUUUUUUGUUCUUAUAAAGGAUUCUUUAUUCUUUUCCUCUCAAUAGCAUAUUGAGGAAGAAUAUACGUCCUCUAUACGGAAAUAGAAGACGUUGUAACACACUGUUUUAGUACUCUUAAAUGUCUUAUAAAUAGGUAUGGAGGAAGUACAUUCUUGUGAUUUGUAGUUAAAGACUAAUAGAAAUUGCAUAUAAAAUACAAAUUAGAUUAUCGAUUCAGAGUCGCGAAGUAUAAUUUUGCACCGUAUAUUUAAUCUUUUUUUAUUUCCAGUCGUUUCAUUAGAACAGGAUAAUUCUGGUGAUUUAUUAUAACCAACAGCAUAUUGUUUCGGCUCGGUUUAAAUCCAGUUAUCUUUGUUCAAAAAAAAAUCCAGUUAUCUCCCUAGGGAUCUCUAGAAUGAAAGUACAAAACGAACAAGUAGAUUAGAUGGAUUUAGAUUGACUUUUUAUCUCAUAUUCUACAAGGAUAAUAAUCUAGAAAACAUAGAACUGUGAUUCCAUUCAAAUAGAAAAACUAAUAUAGAUGUUAAGUGGUAAAAGUAUCUGUAAAGGAGCCAAAUAAAAUUAAAAUUUCACGCUCGGUUUUGAAUUAGAGAUGUGAAAAAUAAUCAAUCAACAUUGACUAUAACCCAUAGCCUUUCCAAAGUAACAUUCUCUAUAAAAGGAGUACUAUUUUUGUCUAGACAUGGUAAAGUCUUGUAUUCAACUUUUUUUUUAUUCAUGUUUGGUACUCUAGAGCAGAGCAUAGCUAGCAGUUUGGUAGCUCACAGAGGCUCACCACCUUGAGGUCAAGGAUUCAAGUCCUCUCUCCGCGCGUAACUUAGCUGUUUAUAUAUAAAUAAUAGCACUAUUAUCUUUAGAUAUGGAAGAGGAUUGGGUCAGCUUUUUAUUCAUGAGUUCCCCUGAGUGCAAAAUUGAGCAGUUCACGAAAGCACUCGCCUCCACAAGAACAUGUCCUUCCAACCUUGCGGACCAUCGAUUUCUAGUAUUUUUUCCAACUUUAGUCAAUCCUUACAUUGUAUUCCUUGUGAUCCCAGAGUCACGCGCGAUCUCGAAGUACGUUCUACGCAAGUACAAGACGGACGAGGUCGACCUGCUGAGGGAAGGCAACCUGAAGGAGGCGGCCAUGGUGGAUGUGUGGACGGAGGUGGACGCACACACCUACAACCCGGCCCUGUCCCCCAUCGUGUACCAGUGCCUCAUCAACCCGAUGAUGCGCGGCAUCCCCACGGACGAGAAGGUCGUGGCCGAGAGCCUCGAGAAACUCAAGAAGGUGUUGGAGGUGUACGAGGCGCGUCUGUCCCAGCACGAGUACCUGGCCGGGGAUUUCGUGAGCUUCGCGGACCUCAACCACUUCCCCUACACCUUCUACUUCAUGGCGACACCACACGCGGCGCUAUUCGACUCCUACCCGCACGUCAAGGCGUGGUGGGAGAGGAUCAUGGCCAGGCCGGCCAUCAAGAAGAUCAGCGCAAGCAUGGUUCCACCCAAGGCUUGAUCUGAAUGCAGGGCAGAUCGUUCUCGCGUUAUGAGAUGUGUAUGCAUAUGUGAUGUUCCUUUUUCCUGGUAUCACUACUCAGGCAAUAAGCUUGUAUCUCUAGAAUUGCACCAGCGUGCAGUUUGGUGGUUGUGUAUUCCGUGGAACUCUUUUAAACUGAAAUCAUAUUUUGUGAUGCUCUCA